CACUGGGCCCAGGGAAAGACCUGUGAGUGUGCAUGGUGCCACUUUGUCCCAUGGCUGAAGAUGGUUUGCCAAACAUUUACUCUCAUCAUCCAACAGAAAGCAGUAAAGCAACAACAGAAGCAACCAUUUUCUUUGGGGCUGACAACACUAUUCCUAGAUCAGAAACAACUAUUACUUCAGAAGGAGACCACAUUACUUCAGUAAACGACCAUACGCAAGAAAGUGAUUUUUCAACAACUACAUACAACAAGCUUACAUCACUAAAGGAAAGACUAAAAUCAGAAGAUGAUGCUGAAUCCCAUAUUAUGAAAUCAUCACCUCACCUGAAGAAAGAAAUUACCACUCUGACAGGCACUACAAACUCCAUGCCUAGUGACUAUAUUACUGAAGAUUUCAUUUCAAUGAAAAUUGGUAAUAUCUCAUCACCAGUUGCUACUGUUUCUUUAAUAGAUUUUUCCACUAAUACAGCGAAGGAAGAUAUAUUCUUGGACCCUACUGGCCCAGGGGAUGAAGAUGUCUCAAUCACUUCUGAAGUCCCUGGCACAUUAAAAGAAAGCACGGCCAACAUUGCUGACACCCCUGCCCUUCCAGCUAAGAAGGGUGAACCUGAUGCUAACACUCAUAGUUCCUCAGUUAAACCCAAUGUCACUGCUGAUGAGGCUGUCCAGAUCAGUGACUCCUCUAUUCCUGAGGCUGAAAUCUCUCCUGCUACUGAAAAAAACUUCACCACUAUUCCAGACAUAACUUCUCUUACAGAAGAGAAAAUACCUGAAAUCGACUUAAUUCUUCCAGAGGAUGACCCUAAUGCUGUGCCUAAACUAACCGACUCUGAUGAAGAAAAGUUCAUCACUGUGUUUGAACUCACUACCACUCUUGAAAGAGACAAAGAUAACCCAGAAGAUAUUCUGCUAACCGAUGAAGAGUCUACAGAUGAAGUCAACGUUUGCAUAGAGACAGAGAAUGCAAAUGAAGCAGAGAAGUAUCCUGUUUUGCUUACCGCUGUUGAAUCCAGAUAUGACUUCAUUGUCCCUGCAUCAGUAGCUACGAAUCUCAUGGAAGAUUCAUCUACUACGACCAAAGAAGAUUUGUCUGAAAAUAAUAGAAUGGAAUCUGUAACUAAGGACACUGAGGCCUUUUCAGGAACUGCUCCUGAUUUAGAUACCCCAAACCACACAGAAGACACCUUUACAACUGAAAUGGGUGUCUUUAAACUAUUGAAAGAAGAACCAGAUGAGUUCCUGAUUUAAAGCAAUGAA